AUGCGUACUGUUGAUGAUACGAAGAAAAGUCUUGGAUCACUUAUUUUUAUAGAUCUCUUUCUAAUGAGACAUACAUGAGUAAAAAUUUAAAAAAUAAAUAAUAGAGACAACAUGAUCAGAUAGAUACGAGCAUUACGUUAUAAAGGGCCAAAGACAAUCACGGUCGGACGAUAGUGGUAACUGAUAAUGGUUAUUCGGAGAAAAUGACAAUGAUAAAAAUUAUUUAGGUAUUAAUAAAAUAAAGAUAAAAAUUAAAAAUCAGAGCACAAGAAAAACUUCAAAACAGUGGCUUUUCAUGUUAAUCGACCAAUAAUCAAUGGAAUUGUUUGAAAUAUUCUAGAUGUUUUACAAACAUAUUGACACUCAUAAUAGAAUAGAAAAAUAACAUAUUUAUGAAAGAUUAAGAUAUCCGAAGGAAUAUAUUAUAAUAUCUAAAUAAUUUGUUUAUACUAAAAUUGGUGGAAUAAAUAUUAUAUCUUAAUUUUUGAGAACUAUACAUAUUAAAUAUUUAUGACAAAAUAAAUAAAGAAAAAGACAAGGGAAGACUGAAGCCCAAAGGUUUCCUCCGCUCUUCGUUGCUCUCUCUCUGAAGCAGAAGGGGCUGUGAACAACCACAGAGGAAUAUAAGAGGAGAAGGGAAGUCUCUGGACUCGUCUUCUCCUUCGCGAUCCGUCUUUCCCCUGCUUCGUUCGACUUCGUGUAGUUCAAUCAAGAGGUGGUAAAAAAGAGGCGAACGGAGAACAGAACAAGACAAAAGAAGGCAGACAACACCAUCACCACCACCACCACCUGUACGCCAGUAGGCCCGCUCCCCUGUCUCUGUCUGCUCUCCUUGACUCCAAUUCUCCCGCUCUCCCCGCCCAUCCCUUCCUUGCCAAUGUUUUCCUCCCACUUAAAUCUCUUCCCCCUUCCUAACUACACCACGGUCAACCAUAACGCCCUUUAAGCUCCCACUUUUCCUCGCUUUCUUGAUUCUUGAUCCUUUUUGCUACACGAAAAAUUUGAUUUUGAGUUCGAGGAAGAGGAGGGAGAAGAAGAGUGUAUCAUCCACAGAUUUGGAUCCAUCGAUCGAUCGUCAUGCCGUCUGGUGCGAAGAAGCGGAAGGCGGCCAGGCGCAAGAAGGAGAUGGCCCUCCCUUCUGCCGAUCCUUCUUCUCAAGAUAGUGGGCAUAACGAUGAGUUGAUGCCGGCUGAGGACAGCAAGGAGAGCGACGAUGGAUCCCCGACAUCUUCCUCAUCGUCUUCGUCAUCUCAGGAGCACCAUCGCUCUCGAUCUGCCGAGGAGUUGUUAGGAUCUGAUGCUGUUGUGUUUGAUAGCACAGCGGAGAGCGGCAAAGGAGCGGCCUUGGCAGAGGAAGUUGAAGCUGAGUCCCUCGUUGCUGUAGAGGAACCAGCUUAUACCACUACGGUCGAGUCCUUCGCUGAAUCGGAGGAUGUGGUUGUCGAAUUCCCUAAAUCUGAGAAGGUAGAUGAGGAAGUAGCCGAGGAAUCGGCUGUUCUUGUUGAAAAGGUUGUCGCUUUGGCUGAAGAGGAUAGACGUCUUGAUGAGGUUGCUGCUAAGGUUCUUGAGGAGACUUCAGGCGGAGUGAAAGAAGUGCCGCUUCCUGAUGCGGAUGAGGCUGUCGAUCAGCUUGGUGAGAGUGGCGACGCCCGCUGUGUUGCUGGGAAAGCUGAAAAUUUGCCGACUGCUGAGGUGUCGCCUGGUGACGCACCGGUUGUGCAUCACGCAACAUGGUGGAAUUGUUGUGGAUUGCUUGAUGUAUUUGCAUGUUCUACGAGAUAAGCUCAGAAUCAGAUGGAUGUUCUUUAAUGAAGACUUCUCUAAUGAUGUCCCAUCAAGACUGGUCACAGAGUCAUAGUUUUAUAUGUUAAAGGAAAUCGAGUAGCGGUUCCAAUACAUCUGAAAUUUUGAUAAGUAUAUCAAUGCUGUUGGUAAUGGUCUCGUCUUGUUUCCUUGCAGUGGUUGUGAUUAAGUUUGUUGCUUGGUACUUUGUGGUUCAUAGGUUUUGAUACUGGAAAGAUCAAAAUUUGCAUGGCUGGGAACUCUGCUUUUGUUGUGGUCAAGUUUAUUUUCUCAUGUUUUUCGGAUUCGAAUAAUACUUUUCAUGUGUAUAAUCUUAUUCAGCUAGAAGAACCUUAUAAUUCUUUUUUC